AUGGCGGCGGAGACGCUGCUGUCCAGUCUGUUGGGGCUGCUACUUCUGGGGCUCCUGUUCCCCGCAAGUCUGACCGGCGGGGUCGGGAGCCUGAACCUGGAGGAGCUGAGUGAGAUGCGUUAUGGGAUCGAGAUACUGCCGUUGCCUGUCAUGGGAGGCCAGAGCCAGGCUUCGGACGUGGUGAUUGUCUCCUCUAAGUACAAGCAGCGCUAUGAAUGUCGCCUGCCAGCUGGAGCUAUUCACUUCCAGCGUGAAAGGGAGGAGGAGGCACCUGCCUACCAAGGGCCUGGGAUCCCGGAGUUGUUGAGCCCGAUGAAAGAUGCUCCCUGCCUGCUGAAGACCAAGGACUGGUGGACAUAUGAAUUCUGUUAUGGUCGCCACAUCCAGCAGUACCAUAUGGAAGACUCAGAGAUCAAAGGUGAAGUCCUCUAUCUCGGCUACUACCAAUCGGCCUUCGACUGGGAUGAUGAAACAGCAAAGGCCUCCAAGCAGCAUCGCCUGAAACGCUACCACAGCCAGACCUAUGGCAAUGGGUCCAAGUGCGACCUCAAUGGGAGGCCCCGGGAGGCCGAGGUUCGGUUCCUCUGCGAUGAGGGCGCUGGUAUCUCUGGGGACUACAUUGACCGAGUGGACGAGCCCUUGUCCUGUUCUUACGUGCUGACCAUCCGAACUCCUCGGCUCUGCCCUCACCCCCUCCUCCGGCCCCCACCCAGCGCUGCUCCCCAGGCCAUUCUCUGCCACCCCGCCCUGCAGCCCGAGGAGUACAUGGCCUACAUUCAGAGGCAAGCUGACUCAAAGCAGCACGGAGACAGGGCCGUAGAGGGGCGGCCAGACCCGGCCCCUGCAGCGUGGGGUGAGGCCAGGCCCGGGCUGGUGCCACCAAGGACAGCAGGUGCAAGCCCAGCCAAGGAGAACAGUAAGGAAUCAGAUUUCUGGAAGGUGCUUCACGAGCCAGAGGAACAGCCCUCAGCGAGGGAGACCCAGGCCGAGGAGCAGGAACCAAACCUUGAAGCCACAGACCCACCGCCAACCUCUCCCGACGAUUUUCAGAACAACGUACAGGUCAAAGUCAUUAGGAGUCCCGCAGACUUGAUCCGAUUGAUAGAGGAGCUGAAGGGUGGAACAAGAAAGGGGAAGCCAAACACAGACCAGGAGCAGCCUGGAGAGAGUGCUACAGAAGGCCCUUCCGGGGAACCAGAGGUGAAGGAAAGGGGCGGCCCAGAACAGCAGAAGGAGGUGGAAGAGGAGGAGGAGGAUGAGGAUGAAGACGAAGACGAGGAUGAACGGCAGCUGCUGGGAGAAUUUGAGAAGGAACUGGAAGGUAUACUGCUCCCAUCAGACCGAGAGCGGCUCCGGGCGGAGGUGAAGGCUGGCAUGGAGCGGGAGCUGGAGAACAUCAUCCAGGAGACAGAGAAAGAGCUAGACCCAGACGGGCUGAAGAAGGAGUCAGAGCGCGAGCGGGCCAUGCUGGCCCUGACGUCUACUCUCAGCAAACUCAUCAAAAGGCUGGAGGAAAAACAGAGCCCAGAGCUGAGGAAGAAGCACCGAAAAAGGAGGGUUGUCCCCAAAAAGCCUCCCCCGCCCCCUCAACCAACAGAGGAGGAUCCUGAGCACAGAGUCCGGGUCCGGGUCACCAAGCUCCGUCACGGAGGCCCCAAUCAGGAUCUGACUGUCCUCGAGAUGAAACGGGAAAACCCACAGCUGAAACAAAUCGAGGGGCUGGUGAAAGACCUGCUGGAGAGGGAGGGACUCACAGCCGAAGGGAAAAUUGAGAUCAAAAUUGUCCGACCAGGGACAGAAGGGACUGAGGAGGAUGCACGUUGGCUGACUGAUGAGGACACAAAAAACCUCAAGGAGAUUUUCUUCAAUAUCUUGGUGCAGGGAGCGGAAGAGGCCCAGAAGGAGCGGCAGCGGCAGAAAGACCUGGAGAGCAACUACCGCCGAGUGUGGGGCUCCCCCGGCGGGGAGGGCACCGGGGACCUGGAUGAGUUUGACUUCUGA